CCAGCGGGAGGUGACGCAGCGUCAACAAACCGAUCGCCAUUGAGCAACUAAGCGUACUUUCGGCUCGCGUGUUUGCGAUAAGUAAGUGCCUCUGCAUUCAACGCACUUCAGUCAAACCACUUGCAGGAAUUCGGGGGAGUGGGCCCUGUUGCUGAUUACGGCGUAAUCGGCAUGGGUCUCCUAAAGUGCGUCUACACGCGGACCUCACUUGGCCAAAUCGUAUCGAAUUGUCGGCAGUCAGUUGUAUUUGAUGGCCGGCCAGGCUAGAACGUGUAUCCCGCGCUGGAGAAAAUAUCUUAAUUUGAUUAGACAACUUUUGAAAUAAUAACUAUACAGGUACUAGAUCUAAGUGGUUCACCAGCAGCGGCUGAUUCGAGAAAUGCCCACCCAAAUUUAUUGGAAACCGAGGAACUUGGAACUAAUGUUUUAAAAAGCUCAUAUCAUAAAUUCCCUUGGAUUAUAAAACCAAUUUGGGAACAUCAAGUUAAAUAGAGCAUUGAGAGAGUUUCGUGGUACGUUCGUACUUUCGUCGAUAAGCCCCUUCCCGAUAAGCUUUAUCAUCUGCUCGAGGCCAAUUCGAUAAUCGUAGACCUCGGAGCAUAAGUCAAUAUUCAAAGUGGAUCAUGACGGCCCAAAGUAAGCUGGCGGAGAUAGCCUUCAACUGCACCUGCUACGAGUACCACCACCCAUGGACCAAGAGCUGUGCCUGCGCUGCGGCGGGCAUGCUGCUCUCCGAGAUCCCUUUCAGUUUGCGCACCUACGCUACUGUUUAUGUGUUGGCUCUGUUUAUGAGAGGACGCAUUCCUUCGCUUAAGGACCUUAAACGCACUGCAGCCGGAAUCCUUCAGUCGACAGCAUUCCUUUCGAUGAAUGGAACCCUCUUCGUGGUCGCCGUGUGCUACCUGCGUCAGCUUUUAGGAGGAUUUUACUUCGGCACAGUGGCCUGGUUGCCCUCGUUCCUGGCCAGCUUAGCUUGCCUCGCCGUCGAGCGACCGGAGCGACGUGCUCCACUGGCCUUGUACGUGGCCAACGUGGGCAUUGAGACACUGUGGAAGAUGAUGGAGGCCCGAGGCCUGGUGCGAUCCAUUCCCAAUGGACAGGUGCUCAUCAUGGGCGUCAGUGUCACCGCUUUGUUGUACCUAUAUCGCGCUGGACUCCACAAGACGGUGGCCAAGGAUGCUACCUUCAAGGCAUUGGGCCUAAUAGUGGGCAAGGAGGAGGAGGGUCCUUUGAAGACCCCGGUGGUAACCACAUCGCAGAGCUCCAGACAAGCACCGCUCAACUUCCGCAGCAUUACAGCGUAUCUGCAGCUCUACGACCGCCUUCUGAAGGCCAAACAUCCCAGUUGUCCACACAAACAGGGCUGUGCUCCAUACGCCCUUCUUGGUGGACUGAAACCCUUCCUCGGGGGCGUUGGGCUAUCCGUGGGUUUAAAGCUGUUGCUCAACAUUCCCAAGAUCUUCCAGCUCAAGAUGGAAUGGCGCAAACAGAUCUUCAACACGGGAUCCCUGCAAUUGGGACUGGCGUUGGGAAUCUUCUCAUUCCUUUUCAAGUCGACUUCCUGCGGUCUGCGUCACACCUUCGGAUAUGACGAUGCCCUCUUCGCCAUUCCGGCUGGCUUGAUUGGAUCCAUUGGUCUUCGGCGGUUCCCCAACACCACGGUGGCCUGUUAUCUGAUGUGGAAGUCCCUGCACCUCUUCUACAACUGGGGCAUCGCCGAGGGAAAGUUGAUCGAGGUGCCCCACUUCGCGAUGCUCAUGUUCGCGUUCUUCACGGCCGUGCUUUUCCACUCGGCUAUCCUGGAAGCCCGUUCCCUGAGGCCCAGCUACUAUAAAUUCCUCCAGGGCAUCUCGGGCAACCGGAUCAGCCGUUUCAAUGUGAAGCCCUUCGAAGCCUACGGCCUGAAGAGCCAGGACCAGAUCAACUAUGUUAUAAAGAAACUUAAGAUCGACAUGACCUCACCCUUCCCAAAUUUCACUCUGACUGUCUAGAUUGUUAUCCUCCCUUUUGUACAAUGUACAAUA